GUGGACUUCACUAUUGAAGGCUUCCAAUCAUUUUUAUGUAGUCAUUUGCGUGGAAAUAUCCCUCCCGAUUGCCCUGUUGGAGACAUGAUCAUAUGAUUGAUAACCCGGUUGGAAUAGGGUAUCAGCCAAGAAAAUAGAAUCUCCGGCACCGUGUAGACUAAAUUAAAAUGCCGGAAGCGCUCAAUGGCGCUGCCUCUGCAAUUAUUGGAAAAAUAGAAGGAUGCUGCCUCUAUCCAACUCUAUGGUUAAGACAAACAACGACAGCGUAAGCCAAGAACAAAAUAUGAAAUAAAUCAUAUUUAUGAAAGGAGAAGGAACGUAUUCUCCUCAUACAAGAUAAGAACAGUUUGCAUUCACAAUUCAAUAAUUUUUAAUAAGUCUUUCUACGACUGUUUAGCCACCUUUGGUCAUAUCGAGGAUCAACGUUAGCCUACAGGGCUCGAGCUAGCCACAUCGAAAGGAAGCCUAUGCUACCUUUUACGGAAAUACAAGAACCAAAUGCAAGAUGAGGCCAGUCGGGCUCAAGGAUUGUAACGAUUGAUCCUUGAUCUAUUGCCUGCAUUGGACAAUGGUGCCUGCCAUUCAAGAAUCAUUCAGCCGUCCUUAUCUGACUCUUCCACUGUGUUGAAGCGUGGUGUCGGAGAAGAUGCGUCUGUGAGAGAAUGGGUCAAGUCCCCCACCUGCCGUGAGAUUGGAGAGUUUUCUUGGCACUUUAAUCCGGAGACAGGGAGGUAGAUGGAGAAAGAGGUGUCUGACAGGCAGGUAGAGAUGGAGGGAAGGAGAUGGACCGUAGAGGCAAAUGAGGAGAGCCCUGAUGAUCUGCUCUCAGGUAUUCCUCCCCUCUCGUCUUCCACCUACAUGUCCAACCAAUGGGAAGACAGAGACGAUGAGGAAACUCAGCAACCAAUAUCCAAUGAGGACAGUAUGGACUAUCUUAAAGUUACCUCUAAGGAUAUCCCUGUCAAACAUGAGGACUCAGGGCAUGUAGGAUUAGAGGAUUUUGGAGUUGCAAAGGCCAAAGAGGAUGGGGUCUUUCUGAAACAGGACUUUGGGGAGCAUGUGGAAAGUGAAGGAAACAAUGAGACAGAGGGUGGAGAUGAAGAGGAGAGUGGAGGAAGAGGCCGAAAUGAGGACAGUGGGAAGGAGCCACGUAUGAAUGGGGAGUCGGGCUUGAGGAGCGCCGGGGCUGGUGGGAGGAGAGGCCGGUCCCGGAACAGCGGAGCAGGUGGAGCCGUCGGGGUGACCUCAGAGCAAAACAUCCAGGCUACAUCACCCUCCUCUGCCUACCCACCCAAAGGGUCCCUGUCUUCGGGCGGGGGGAGGCACAAGCAGGCCCGAAGGCGAAACCACCACCACCAGCAGGGCCGGGGCCGUCGGCAGACAGGCAACCAGCUGGCCUUGGCCUUCAGGGAACUACUGUCGGGGCGGCUCAGUCCGUGGUGCCUCUCCUGCAUCCACAUGGUGGUGGAGCUCAUUGUUAACGUGACCCACCGAUGCGGGGUGGCUGUGGAGGCCGGCGGGGUGGCCCUGUAUGACCUGGGCUCUCAGCUGCUCAACAAGGUCACAGACGUGCCCGGGAUGAAGGCAGACGCUCAGCGCAUUCUUGAGAGGGCAAGGUGUGCCGGGACAGUCCUUGUGGACAAGGGCAUCCAGUUGGUGAAGUGGGUCUGGCAGGCUUCCGUGACCUGCUUUGGCAUCCUCUGUGCCGUGCUGUUGCUGGGGUUCCACUGUGCCAGGUUUACACUGGUCAGGCUGGGUGGGGAGAGGGGUCGGCGGUGGUGGACAUCCGUGAAGGACUCCAGGGUCUGGAGGAGCGUGGCCUCACUGGUGGAAAGGGUCAGUGGCUGUUUCACGAGGAGGAGAGGCGACCCCACCCAAGUGCCCCCCUUCUCUCCGGAGUCUCCUGGUGGAGCAGGCAGGUACCAGCCUGGACAUGAGCUGGAGAGGCUGCUGGCGCUGGCGCAAGUCCCUGAGGAGGAGGUGGACCCUUUCACAGUGCUGGGGGUGGAGGCCCACGCAACCGAAGCAGAGCUGAAGAAGGCAUACAGACAGCUGGCUGUCCAGGUCCACCCAGACAAGAACAAGCACCCACGAGCCGGGGAGGCCUUCAAGGUGCUUAGGGCUGCCUGGGACAUCGUCAGCAACCCAGAAACACGGAGGGAAUACGAGCUCAAACGCAUGGCUGCAACAGAACUCUCCAAGUCGAUGAAUGAGUUCCUCACCAAACUGCAGGAUGACCUGAAGGAAGCGAUGAACACCAUGAUGUGCACCAAGUGUGAGGGCAAGCACAAGAGGUUUGAAAUGGACCGGGAGCCUAUGGAAGCACGGUUCUGUGCUGAGUGUAACAGACGCCACAGCGCAGAGGAAGGAGAUCUCUGGGCAGAGUCCAGCAUGCUCGGCUUACGUAUUACCUACUUUGCCUGCAUGGAUGGCAAGGUCUACGACAUCACAGAGUGGGCUGGCUGCCAGAGGAUAGGCAUAUCUCCAGACACGCACCGCGUGCCCUACCACAUCUCAUUUGGCUCCAAGAACAAUGGCAGCUCCACACAGCGCCACAGGACACCUCCAGGCCCGGAGCACCCUCCCCAAGGCCCAACCAACCCUGCAGACCUGCAGGACUUCUUCAACCGCAUCUUCCAGGGGGGACCUCCCCCCGACAUGGCUGCCAAUGGGGGGUUUUUCCCCUCAGGAACGCCCCCUCACCACCCUUCUGGUGCUGGACCGGGACCCAGUGGACCUUUCACCCCUCCUCCACCUCAGACUGGCUUUUUCAUGCCCCCUGGAGCGCACCGACCGGAGCCUAAUGAGACAGGGGCCGAGGGUGGAGGCAAACCUCCACCCCGCAGGAGGAAGAAGGUCCGCAAGCCCUUCCAGAGGUGAGAGUGACCGAUGUUGUGACACGUCCUCUGGGCAAGACGGAGACACUCAACACAUGGCCAUGUCUGUCUCGCUUACUGGUUUGUCGGCGAGCCCAGACUUUCCCCUACUGUACAUGAGUCGAAGGAUCACUCGAACUCAGGAAGAUUCACACGGGUCGGGGCUGCCAUACGUAUCAUAGACCGACAACAAAGAGGCCAGGAGCCAAAGAUGAGAGACUGGACCAUUUAGAAGAUGAAGGAACUCUCGCUGAGUUUACGUGUAUUUGGGGUUAGGAGGCUUUCCCCCGAUCAAUCGAUGAUUUCUUCGUCAUUUUCUUUUUCAUUUUCUCUAGACAUGCCGCUGACUUCCCAAGUGUAUUUCUGAUAAUGCAAACACAUUUUCUUAGGUUUUACUUUUCCUGCACAAUCCUGCAUCGCACGAUUGCAUCAUUUCAUUUGCCUAAUGACCCAAACUAAAUUCCCUUGCUCUGUUGUUCACUCUACAUUUCCGUCGGAGACUUCCAUUGUUGAAGUGGUUUGUGGUGACAUUUAGGGUUAGGUCGUCAGUGACUGGAUCAUCUCUGUAACUAAUCAGAUUAUCAAAACCAAUGACAGGCAUUUUUCAAAAGCCUCUUUUAAUGCGUGUGUACUGGUCCUGAUCCAAACUAUUGGUUAAUGGAACCAAUCAGAACUGCUACAAGGUGUGUUGUAGAAAUCUUUGCAGAGGUGAAAGAAAUGUCUGUGGACAUGGGUUAGUUUGUCAAAAGGAGUUUGGGUUGUCAGGCAAUCCUUAUGCCAUUGGUCUUAACACUUAUUUUGUGAUAAUUAAUGGGGUAAAGUAAUGUAAUCGUGCUUUGGGUCUUAGUGCAGAUGUGUGUUAGUGUGAGAGGGACAGUGCGGUAAGUAGAUCUCCGGAGGGAUGGCUACUCUGCCCGCGCCUUACUACUUUAACACACCCUUCCUUUUUCGCGUUGCCUUCUUUAUACAUUUUUAUAAGGCUAGGUUAUUAUUUCAGCAACCCUUUUCAGUUAUUUCUAUUGCUUUAGAUUAAGUUUAUAGUGACCGUUUGCAUAGUUUGUAACUUGUACAUUUAUAUCGGGUGGUUUGUGAGAAGGAUAGCCACCUGAAUUAGUGAAUUUGCUCCCUCCCAUCAACUCUUGUCUAGCUGCAGUAAAUACUGUAUGCUUUAAUCUGUCUUGGAAUCCCAUGUAGAAGCACUUUGUUGGAGCAUCACAGAAGUUAACAGGUUCACAUUUAAAUCAAGUCAGUUAUAUUAUGAAAGUUGAGGACUUUUUCAGGCAUUCAGUCUCUAAGCAUUGGUGGUAUUGUUUGCAAUUGAAAGCAAAUUUUUCCUCCAAAUUGCAUUUUGACACUUACAGAUUGAUGACUUGGCAUCUUUUGAGAUCACAAUGACUGAAGCAGUGUAAAAUAACUUAUCACAGACUACUGCUGUUUGCCAUAUUUACCAAACGUUUAAAGGUUGACUGGUGACUUUAAUGUCAAGACUAACAGUUGUACAACCAUAAUUAGAAAAGCUACCACUGCCUUCUUUUGCCCAUGCCUCAGUAUACUCAAUUUUGAAGAGAACACAUUCAACAGCAUUCACAUAUAUAACAACCUGUCUGUACUCAUGGCAAAUCAAUUCUCAUUUUUCUGUGAAGAUACAGCAUUGGAAAUAAAUGUGGUAAAAUUUGGUCUAAUUCCUUUUAUAAACCACAGGGCUGUCUAGGUUCCCAUGAAGGAGAUAAAAUGGUAGAAACACUCAGAUGUUGAGAGGUCUGGUUAUAAUGUAUCAAGGGUCUCACUAUGGAUGGGCUGAUCAAGGAUCUGGACUGUCCAUGUCUCCUUAUUCAUUAAGGUUGAAAUGAGCAGUAGUUUUACUGAGACACUUUAUAAAUACUAGCCCUGGCCUCAGUUCCACUGGCCUCAUUGUUUGUACCUUUAAUGUGUCAUUCUGCGGAUGUUGGGAGAUUUGAGAUGUUUGGUUGUAGCCUUGAGUGGGACUUAGGUCCAUUGUUGCACAUGUUUAUUGCUCUGCUUGAAGCAGGGGGGAAAAGUGUUCAGUGCAAUUGCCCUCUUGGUUUUUGUUUUUUAAUGAAGGUGUUAUAGAGCAUUAAUUUCAUUUGAGUUUUAAGUUGAAUUAUCAAUGCUGUCAAUGAUGUCUUCGAUACCCUUGUUGACUUAGAAUGUAUGGCUUAAGUAGCAGUCUAAAGUGGCAAGUCAACAAAGGGCACCCACUGUGGAAGAAGAGCCAACAUCCCAGAUGAUUUUUCUAUACAUAUUUUUAAACAGUAUAUUAUGCAAAACCUUUAUUGCAAAAAAAAAAAUUGACAAUCAUCAGGGUUAAGUGUGUGGGACACCUGCAUUUUGUCCAUUUGUUUUGGGGGAGAAAAUUUAAUGUUUGCCUGGCAAGAGUUUACAAUUGUGAAACAUCACUGUUCAGUUGAUUUUGCGUUUUUCCGGUUUUCAUAGUAAAGUUGAUUUCCUACAGACGG